AUGCUGGGGAGCGACUUGAUGGAGACUACCUCCCUUCAAGAUGCAUUGGAGAAAUUGCAAUCGGAAGCCAUCUCCGUCUCUUGGCCACGCAAGUCAGUGCCGCCGGCCUGGAUGCACUACGCGAAUGGCUUCAAGAUUCUGCAAACCUUGACCGUGCAGACGGUAUGGCCGACUGUACUCCGUGUCCUGCUGAAGUACCUUGCGCGUCAGAUUCAGGCCCUGGUAAAGACAGGCUAUAGCGAAAACUUCUGCUGCGAUUUCAACUAUGUGCUUUGCGGGCGCAAGACGUCCUUUCGCGCCGAUGCGGCGGCGACCUUUGUGCAAGCCAUUCGAGCUGCCUUCCGAAAGGUGGAAGGAAGCCAGGCGCUGCCGGCUGGCCUGGAGGCGACUGCGCGCCUCAUUCGGCUGGCAGAGGGGGAUCUCGACGUUCCCUUUGUCUGCCAAAAGGCACUCAGUCUACUUCGCAGCUGUGGCCAGCCUGCAUCUGCUUGCCUGGCUGCGAUUGCCGUGCGCUGCUCACUCUCCUUCCGAGACUGGCUUCUGCAACACCACGAUGAUUUCGUGGCGGGCAUCAGCAAUGCAUGGGCGCAGCACCGCUCCAUCGAGAACAUGGAGCUAGUACUUCGCUUCGCCCUGAGCCUCGACGACUUCACCGUGCGCGAGGCGCAGCUUCUCGUGCCCCUCGUGGCCGACACCCUGGAGGCAGAUGCCCGAGCUGAUGCCAGCCUUGCGGCCAGCCGUUUCCGUGGCAGUGGAAACAGGUCUGCCCCGCUGGCGCGACUGGCUGACCUGUUGGCCGCUCUAGUUUGGAGAGCUAGCGGUGCCAGCGGCUCUUCCGCGGCUGCCGAGAUCUGUAAUCAAAUCGAGAAGCGGUGUUUGGUGCGGCUCAGUGAGAGUCACGGCAGAGAGCUUUGUGCAGAUGAAGCCGCGGUCGUCAAGUUGUGUGCUGCUGUACUCCGGCAGCUGGAUAAGGGCGCGCGGCUGCAGAUAGAGCUGCCUUGGCUGCAAGCCUCGCUGGCGGCCUUGCUUUCCGCGGCAACCUGGGCUCAUCUCGGCCAGGAGAAAGCUGCGACUGCAGAUGUGCUUGACAGUCUUCUCUGCCGAGAUUUUGGUGCUUCUUUGGCCUCUCCAGGUAUUGUGGAAAACCUGCCAGUCAUAACAACCAGCGCUGGGUUUGCAGCGCAGGUCUGCAGCGCUGCGGACUACGCGAGGGCCGCUCUGGCGCAAGGAGCGAGCCAUUCAAACUUUUGGCACUUGCUUGCGGUCGUGCUGCUCCUUUGCCCGGCAGCUUCGACCAAAGAGCUGAGCCAGGAGUUCUUGCAGGUGGCGCAGAAAGCGACGACAACACAGUCAAAUCCCGCGCUGCGUAGCUGCGUGCUGGCAGCUGCAAGGCUGCAGACCAGCUCCACAGAACAACAGCAACGCCUGCUCGAAGGCAUGGCAGCAGAGGCACCCGAGUUCGGGGAGAGCUUUCUCUGCAUCAGCGGGGCGUCGUCCACGCAUCUGGAGGAGCUGCAACGCCUGCGGGCAGACGAUGUGAGCGAGGCCUUUCCGGAUGCGGAUGACUUCCUGGUAGGGUUUCCACCCCCGGAGCAGCUGGGAAAAGUUCCUGGCGCAGCUUUCGCCGCUGCACUGCGCCACCGCCACACAGCGAGGCUGCGCACCGAGUCGGAGCUCCGCUGCCGAUCUGCUGCAGCGUCGCUAAAUGGAUCAGCCGAAGGUGCGGGAGCCUCGGGGCUGGGGUCAGAGAUGGAUGAGGUGCUGCUGCUCCAUGCCCGCUCAGCUGUUGCCCUGCGCCGUCAGCGACAGGAGGAGGCUCCACUUGGGUCCAGCGGACGCGGGGCAGGUGCUGUGGGCUUUGCUGCGACCUGGGCGCUGUUUGACUGCCGACUGCAAGCUGCCCGUGCUGCACAGGAUCCCUCGAAGGAGACCGACUUACAGCAGCAGACUCCGGUCCUACUGGCGCUGAUUCCUGCAGUUGGCCUCCUGCUUUGGCUGCCCCAGGCUUCAGGUAGCCGGCCUCAGCGAGCACUUGUGGAAAGUCUCCGUCGACUACUUCAGUUCGCGCACGCACUGCUUUCCGCACCCGCCGAAAGGUUUGCGAACCUGGCCCUCAGCACGCCAACGCCGGAGGCUUUUUGUGCUGCCCUUGCGGGACUGCUGUGGAGACUCGCAGGCUUCGGCGGCCUUGCGUUAGAGGAGUUUGCCUCCCUCCUGGCGACGGUGGCUGAGACCAUAGCAGCUGGGAGCCUUGUUUCUGCCGAGAAGUUCAAGCUGCUGGUGGCUGCAGCGGUGGUGGAAGGCAGUUUCGAAGAUUCUGCGGCGGAGCCCUGCCUCGCGCUGGCAGCCCUUCGCUUGGCUGCAGUGGACCUCAGCUGGUACCUAGAGCAUCAGCCGAUCUGGCGCCAGCCACCGCCGGGCCUCGCAGCAACAGCCGAAGCUGUGAUGGAGGCCUGGUGCACCUCGGCACUGCCUGUCUCCACGCUGGAAUGGGAAUCUUUCCUAGACACGGCGAAGAAGCUGCUUUCAGCCUGCGAGGCAUCGUGGCGCAGGGGCUACGACGGUGUGCUGCGCUCUGCAUUGCGCCGUCUCUGGGCCCAGGAGGCAGACGGCCGACCGCAGCCGAAGGCACGUCUCGAAGCCUUGGCCCAGGGCAACUUCGCGCUUGGCGAGCGGGGAAGGGUUGCCCUCGCCGCGGUGUUGACGCAAAGCUUGCGCUUUCUGCGAGCUCUGGACAUGACAGAGGAGGUACAGCUGGCUGCUGACACCUGCAUGAGUGUUAUUCCGGAUCUCAUCCUGAAGGAUUCUUCACCAGAGGUGCAGCUGGAGGUGGCCAAGACCUCCAUCCACGUCCUUUUUGAAACCUUCGAGAGCGACCCACUGCUUGAGGAGUUAAAGCCUCUGGUGGAUCGGGUGAUGACGCAGGAGGCAGCCGACUCCGUGACACUGGUCGGCAUGCAGGUGGCAAUAGAAGUCGCCUGCCAAGGCUACAUGCACCGGGUGCUGCCUCGUAUUUGUGCCGAGGUCAAGGCCCAGCUGCGGUCAACUGCGAGAAAAGCGCUGGGCGUGCUGGACGAGGAGAUGGGGUUCGCGACCGCCUCUGGCACAGAGCCCUCUCCCCUUGCGCUUGUCUUUCGCGCACCAAUCUUCCUCGCCGUGCUCCGCGCUCGGCACCGGUUGACACAGCUUCCUCUGUCGGACCUUGGGCUGGCGGCGGCUGGAGUAGCAGCUCUACCUGGUCGAGGUCAGCGGUGGGGCCUUGGCCGCCAUUUUGCGGCGGCGGUUGCAGCCAUCGUCUUGUCGGAGGACUUCGCCGCAUUAGGCGAAGUCGCCCCAUGCUGCGGUAUGGGAGCGUCUUCAGCAGAGUUCCAGGAACUUCUGGGCGUGCCCCUGGCUGCCUGCACAGUGCCCCUGAGGCGCAGCCUUGCCGGUCUGCAGGAGCGCCUAGGCGAGCAGCAGGUGGCUACACUCCUGAAGACCAAGGCUGGGCAGAUCUUCGCCUUCGCCCUGCAGCUGCCUUUGCUCACCUACGACGAGCCAUGUUACAAAGAUCAGACGAACCCUGCGGCCGUCGCGGCAGCCUUCCGCGAGGUGGCCGGUGCCUACGAGUGGGCGGACACGAAGAAGUUCGUGGCGCGACACUUCCGGGAAUUGAUCUUUUACCUUGACCCGAUGAUCCGCACUUGGGCACCCUUUGUGCCGAAGGCGGUGCUGGAGCUUCUCCGAGCUGUCGUGGACUGGAUGGGCCAUGUCACCGGGAGCCGGCUACGUCUCCUCCUGGCCCUUUUGCUUCAGCAUGGUGAACGCCUCCGUGGGCGAGACCGUAGCGACUUAAGCACCAUCGUCGGACAAGUGCUCACAGCUGCGUCAGGAAGCCCCUCCGAUGGGCUCGCACGCUUGGCCCGGCAGCGGGACGAGACCUUGCGCUGGAGCCUGGCCGAGGUCCAACAGCCCGGCACAGACGCUCGCAGCCCGGCACUAGCUGUGCUGCUUGGGGUUCUCCGUGCCCUGCGCCAGAACGAGGCCGUCAGCUGGCUUCACCUGCAGCUGGAGAGCAUUCUGCCGAGGUUACCUGCCGAGCUCCAGAAGGCCAUCGGGGAUGCGACAGGAGGUGUGUUGGUCGAGGAAGCUGCGGAUGGGGAGCGUCCCAUGAAGCGCCUACGAAGAACGGCCACUGCAAGGCUCGGUACCGACUCGGCGUUGAAGCAGCUGGCCCCCGUGCGCCCUGGCCUUUCGUGGGGGCCUGCGCCUCCUCCAGACCUUGGUUGCGUGGUGCGUGCACUCGACCCCACGCCGGGCCCGACAGCUGCGCCUGAAGAGGUGAUGCAGCGGUCCCUUCAGCUCCUGGCACAGGCACAGCCUCUGAAGCAGCUGCGCGAGGACCCUUCUCUAGCGCGGGCCUUGGCGUCAGGCUUGGCGGUCUUAUGCCCAGUGGCCACCGUCAAGGCCUCUGAAGGAGAGACGUCGGAUCCAGUCGAGCUGCUUAUCCCACGAGCUGCAGGGCGUGUCGAUGAGCUCCUCGGCUCGGUUGCUCUGCUGGGUGCAACGCAGCUCCAGGCACAUCCCUCCGCUCGCGUUCGGCAGCUGGCAGGCAACGCCUUGCGGCAUCUGGUGUCGACACAGCGCAGCCUCUGUGUGGCGUCCAAGAAGCUGCUAAUGGAAAUACUGGAUCCGAAGCAUCUGUUUCUGGAGGACAUCGAGGAUCUCUUGAGCUCUCCAGUGCCACCCAAGAAACCAAUGGACAAGGAGAAAGCCCCGGAGAAGGCGCACGAAAUCUCUUUCCGGCUGACGGAGAAGGAGUCCAGCUUCGCAACGUGGGUAGCUGCUCGCCUGGCCCAGCUGCGCAGCUUGGGUGCCGCAGUGUGGGAUGGUUCUGGCGUCACAGUUCUGGUGGCUUGUGUACCACUGGCGGCCCAUGCGCCCUGGUUCGCUGAGCGGUUGCUGGUCGUCAGCCUUCUGAAAGCCGCCACAAUGGCUUUGGGUGGGCCGACAUUGGGCAAAGACCUGAGCCUGUUCUUCGAGCAGCCCGUAGUGGACGAAUCGCAAGCGCGGUGCUUGCUGAAGACCCUCCAUCUCCUGAGGGUCUACCAGUCGGGCAUCAAGGGCAGAGCGGUGCCGCAUUUCCCUCAAGAUGCUGGCGACCCGUUCUGGUCCAACCUCGAUCUCUUCGCGGCAGCACAGUGCGCUGCGAAGUGCGACUCCAGGUAUAGCUUUCAACUCUUGGAGCUCCAUCUGCAGCGACGCCAGCCUGACAUGCCACUGGAUGAAGCCCUUCAGACUAUCGAAACCGUGACCGGCGUGGAGGCUCUCUUCAAGCCCCCCGCACCGGAGAUCCGGCUUCUGGAGAAGCUGGCCAAAGACUUGCCGGAUGACCAGUUUCUGCACGGCAACUCGCAGUGGUGUCACCGGUCCACGCGGUUGGCACGUGCAGAGCUCGGUGAGGAUCACCUCACAAGCCUGCACCUGCGUAGUGAGAUACUGGAGGCGGCACUACGAGGUGAUGGCUGCGAGGCAGAAGCACGCUUGGGCCUCGAUGAUACAUUGGGAAGACUCGGACUUCACCCGCUGCUGACAGCAUCCUCCCUGCCAGAUGAGGAUGGCCCUGCGUGGGAGCGCCGUGCCGAAGCGCUCUGGCGGCUCGGCCAAUGGAACAGCGCAGACCAACAAGGAAGAGGCUUUCACGCAGCCCUACAUUCGGCGUUGUCAGAGAUGGCUGGCACCAUGAGCGUGGUGGAAGGACCACUGCUGGAGAUGGUAGCCGGCACCAUGGAGGCUGUUCGACUGCAGUCUCCGCAGAGCCUCAAGGCUGCAGCUACAAAAUUGCAGUCCAUCGGUGCAAUAUUCAACUGCGUCGACGCCGUGAUGGCUGACAAUGCGCCGGCUUCAAAAGGGUCGUCAGUGGCGAACUUGGCAGCCAGCUGGCACAAGGUCGGCAGCGGGCAGUUCCUGCAAAUCGAGCAGCAGCUGGCCCUGCGAGCGGCCCUCCUCUCAGCUGCAAAGCAGCCGCUUCAGGAGUACCGCUUCCUUACAGCUCUGGCUGCUUUAGCACGCGAGGGGUCGCAGUUUCACCGAGGACUCGCCCUGCUCGAGCGAGCACAGCGGACGCGUGAAAAAACGAAGCCGAACAAGCUCGACAUCCUCAAGCUGCAUUGGGAGCAGGCGCAGUGCCUCUGGGAGCUGCAAAUGACACAGCAGGCCUUGACCAUUGCCAAGGCCUUGGUCAAAGAUGCUCGAGAGAUCAAGUCCGCGAACAGCUGGUAUGCCGAGAUUCUGGCGGGCACCGGAACAUGGCUUUCAAUUUCCAAGCUGGAGAGCCCAGAAGUCAUCGAUGCGGAGUACUUUGUCCCGGCCACCAAAGCAGACCCCUCCCACUUUCAGGCGAGGCGUCAGUUCGCUGAGUUCCUCGACAGCUGCCUAGCGGAGGAGCUUAGCCGACAGCGCUCCGUGCAGUUUUCCUUGGCCAAGGAUUCUCGGCAGAAGACUGAAGAGCAGCUGGCGCAGGUGGUCAGCCAGAUGGACGCGAUCAGCAGGAAGGCCGAAGGCCAACAAGACCGGAAGCUGUUUCACAGCCUGCAGCAGCAACGUCGAACGCUUGAGCUCCAGCGCCAGGAAGACCAGAAAACCUUGCAGAACGAGGAGGCCAGGCUAGAGGCUUUCGCGACCAACUGCGUCAAGCAGCUGGCGCGCUGUCUCAGCGAUGGUCAGGGGAACCUCACGCAGGUGGCCUGCCGAUUCCUGUCUCUAUGGUUCGACUGUCAAGAGUACCCCGGCAUUACGCGGAUCGUCCGGGAGUCCAUCCCGACGCUGAAGCAAGCACCACUGCUCCCCUUCCUGUACCAGCUCGCCUCCCGAUUGGAUCUCAAGGAGGGCCUCUUUCAGCAGACACUGGAUGAGCUGUUGGUCUCCCUAGCUCAGCGUGGCCCGCAAGCACUUUGGCCUCUGAUUUUGCUGCGGAACGGCGACCGUGUGCAAAAGGACAUGCAAGGCAGGGCGCUGCACAGACAUGCGCCCAACAAACUGGCGGCUGCAAAGCGAGUGCUGGAGCGACUGCGGAAGCUCCCCGCGCUGAAGUCAGUGCUGGAGACAGUCGAAACUCUGAACAAGUUCUACCUGGCCAUAGCGGAGUUUCCGAUUGACAAGAAGAACCGCGAUGCAGAGGUGGCAUUGUCACGCAUCCCCGAGUUCAAAGCCGUCACUAAGGCGCUGCAGAGCAUCAAGAUCCCAGUUCCCACCUCGUCCGCCGGUGACGGCUCUCAUAUCGAAGGCUUCGCUGACAGCUUCAGCAUCGCGCCGCAAGGGGUCUCCUGCCCGAGAAUCGUACGAGUCCGCGACUCGGCUGGCAGGGAGCUGAAGCAGCUGGUCAAAGGCAUGGACGACCUGAGGCAGGACGCAGUGAUGCAGCAGCUGUUCCGUUUGCUGAACGAUGUAUUUCAGGACACCCAGCUGUCGCUGCGCACAUUCCAGGUCAUCCCGCUCUCGCCCUGCGCAGGAGUCGCCGAGUGGGUGGAGCACACGACCACGCUCGCAGAGAUCCUUUUCGGCCCAGUGGAGGGUGCGCACCAGAAGUACAGGCCGGAAGACUGGCUGCACCACCAGUGCAGACAGAAGAUGGUGGACGCUCUCCAGGCGGCCAAGAACGGUGACCGCCAAGCGCAGCCGCGCGCCUUCGCAGAGAUCUACCGCCACUUCAAACCUGUCAUGCAUCUGGUCUUUCUGGAGCGGUUUCCGUCGCCUCAGGACUGGCACGCGGCACGACGGGCUUACGCACGAUCGACUGCUGUCAGCUCCAUUGUGGGCUACAUCGUUGGUCUUGGCGACCGGCACGUGAACAAUAUCCUCUUCGACAAGAGGACAGGUGAGCUCAUCCACAUCGACUUUGGGAUCACGUUCGAGGCGGGCCGCCUGCUUCAGAUCCCGGAGAUGGUGCCUUUCCGGCUGACGCGCGACAUCGUGGCAGGUCUUGGAUGCCUGGGCAGCAGCGGCCUAUUCCGUCGAUGCUGCGAGUUGACCAUGGAGGUGCUCCGCGGGAGUUCCACGCUUGUCAUUGCCGUGACCGAAGUCUUUGUGCACGACCCCCUCUACAAAUGGUCGCUCACGCCAAGCCGAUCGCAUCAGAGCGAGCCGGAGCAGAACGCAACCUCAGGCCCGCGAACGAUGCUCUCUGACGUGCAGGGCAAUGAGAUGGCCAAGAGAGCCUUGGUGAACGUGAAGGCGAAGUUGCUGGGCGAGGCACAGGGCUUUGCCACGUCUCUGGGCGUCCCGGCACACGUGGGCAGGGUCAUCCACGAGGCCACAGAUACGAACAACCUUUGCAAAAUGUUCUACGGAUGGAGCCCAUGGCUUUGA